AUAUGUUUAAAAAUUAAAAGAAUCAAAGAAUUCAAAAAAAUAAUAAUUCUUUUAGUGCUACAUAUUUUUAUUGUAUAUUAUGAAAGUUGCAUCUUAAAAGUACAUAUAUAUGCAAAUGCAUUCAUAAAUAUAAAAAAACCCCAUUACCUAUUCGCUGGGCAAACCUUAAAACUUUUUAAAAUGAAAUAACAAAUGAGUAAAAAUAAAAUAUAUAUAUAUAUAGAAUCAAAGAUUGUUUGAGCAGGAUUAUUAAGGAUAUACAAAUACACGCAUGUGCAAGAGAAUCCGAUAAAGAGCGCAAGUGCAUAAAGUAAUCUAUCUCGUGUGGAAUGUAGAACACAUAUUAAACGAAGUAAAUACAGAGGUGCAUGUAUGUAAUACAAGAUUCUCUAUGUAUAUAUUUUUGUAUACACGAUUUUGUAAAACAACGUUUGUUGAUGUUUGUAAAUCCAUAUUACACGUUGAUGUUCCGAGUUAAACGUGAAUCAAAACAAGCGAUGCUGAAGAAGAUCGCGGAUCAUUCUAUUUCGUUCAUGAUUUACCAAUCCCAAACACCACGGAAUUCCGAAUCUUGUCGUUCUUUUCUUUUAUCUCGUUCGCCAAAUCGCCAGUGAAAACAAUCGUCGUCUUCAAUCUGCAACUGUUUCUAGGAAGAUUAAGUUGUUGAGCUUCCGAAAUGUUUUUUAAGAAGAUGAUCUAAGACAACUUGAAAAUCGUCUUUCAUUUUCAACAUUUAUGCAACAUUGGGAAUGUCAGAAUGUUUAACUCAACCUGUAUUUGGCGAUAAUAAGAAAUGUCUUACAGUGAUGGCGGGCGUCCAAUUCGGAAGUAUGGCACAAAGUCGCCGAAAAAGUUAUGCGUGACGAAGAAUGAAAAUAGUGAUAAAACAACAACAACCAUUAACUGCAAUAAUCAUCACCAUAAUCAUUACCAUCAUAAUCAUCGCUUUCUCGACACCCCUCAGCCGUCAGUACACAAACGUAAUCUCUAUAUUGUUUCUUUUCCUUUGAUACUGCUGUUCAAUGUUCUGAGGACACUUCUUUAUCAGUUAUUUGUGGUAUUUAAGUACUUAUAUACAUCUACAUCUCAGCUGAUUCAACGAAGACAAGCUUGCAAGCAGACCUGCCAGCUAGAGAUCGUAGUUGGUCAAAAGUCUAGUGAAAAUUUAAAUAAUAAUUUAAAUAAUCCUGGGCAAACUGAGAACGAGGGAAUGUCGCAAGUGCCUAGAAGGCAGGUUGGUCCUGGCCCUGGAGACCCAUUACUUGCAAAACAAAAACAUCAUCAUCGUAGAGCUUUUGAAUUUAUUAGUAAAGCACUUAAGAUUGACGAAGAUAAUGAAGGCCAGAAAGAAAUGGCAAUUGAACUUUAUAAGAAGGGAAUUGGAGAAUUAGAAAAAGGAAUAGCUAUAGAAUGUAAUGGUGGUCGAGGAGAAGUAUGGGAACAUGCACAAAGACUUCAUGAUAAAAUGCGCACUAAUUUGGCAAUGGCAAAGGAUAGACUUGAUUUUCUUGUGAGUGUGUGUGAGCUGAAAAAACUGGAUAUCUGCAAUGAAUAUCGUGCUCCUGGAAAUAAAAUGGACAACGAACAUCCAGGAAAGAAUCUGAGGGUCCGACGCAAUAUACACACAUUACAAACAACUCGAUCUUCUUUAAAUACAAAUCAUACUAAAAACACAAACAGUACACAAACAGUGAACAUAGGGCAGAAUACAUGUACCCAAAUUCCCAAGUUAAGGCCACGUUCACCAAAAAACUAUUCUGCCCAUUCUGAAGCAUCUGGAAGAAAAUUAUCUGUUCCUGGAAAAAGAGUGGGGACAGUUAUAAGCAAAAGUCAAACAUUACCACGCAGCAUGGGACGCUCAACACCAGUACAAUCUUGUCAUAGAGUUACACCUAUUAAACCAUCAUCUACGCCACCUUCUGUAAAAAGACAAUUAUCAGUACCUGGAAAUGGUUCACCUGUUAGGAGACCAGGAACACCAACUACAUCAAACAGUAAUAGAGGAACACCUACAAGAAAAGUACCUCUUUUAAAAGGUGUAGAUCCGAAACUUGCACAAGUAAUUUUAGAUGAGAUUUUAGAAGGAGGUGCAGCAGUACAUUGGGAGGACAUUGCUGGUCAAGAAACUGCAAAGCAAGCAUUACAAGAGAUAGUCAUCUUGCCUUCAUUAAGACCAGAAUUAUUUACUGGCUUACGAACACCGGCAAGAGGUUUAUUAUUAUUUGGUCCACCAGGAAAUGGAAAGACAUUGCUUGCACGUGCUGUGGCUACCCAGUGCAACGCUACAUUUUUUUCAAUAUCUGCUGCUAGUCUUACAUCGAAAUAUGUUGGAGAAGGAGAAAAGCUAGUACGAGCUCUUUUUGCUAUAGCACGAGAAUUACAGCCAUCUGUGAUCUUUGUUGACGAAGUGGAUUCGUUGUUAAGUGAACGUAGAGAUAAUGAACAUGAAGCUUCACGGCGAUUGAAGACGGAAUUUUUAGUUGAAUUUGAUGGUUUGCCAUGUAAUCCAGAAGAAAGGGUAUUAGUUAUGGCUGCUACAAAUAGACCUCAAGAAUUGGAUGAAGCUGCAUUAAGGAGAUUCACAAAGCGAGUAUAUGUUACGUUGCCAGAUUUACGAACAAGAAUUAUGUUACUGAAGCGACUUUUAGCUAAACAUAAUGAUCCUUUAACACCAGAAGAACUAAAUGAGAUGGCAGUUUUAACCCAGGGCUAUUCUGGAAGCGAUUUAACGGGUUUAGCAAAGGAUGCAGCACUUGGCCCUAUUAGAGAACUUAAUCCAGAUCAAGUAAAAGAAUUGGACCUUAAUUCCGUACGCAAUAUUACAAUGCAAGAUUUUCGUGAUUCUCUUAAAAGAAUUCGUAGAUCAGUGUCACCUGCAAGUUUAGCAGCUUAUGAAAAGUGGAGCUUCGAAUAUGGUGAUGUAAGUCUAUGAUUUUUAAGAAUUAGUUGAUGCACAAGGCUGGAAAAUAAGUUACACUAAAAUAUCUGCACAUUCUAAAAAAAAAAAAGAAAAAAGGAACUUAAUGACGGAAAAUGCAACAAAAAUGAUUUUCUGCGAUAUUAAUUAUUACAGAGUGUAAAUAUAUCAGCUUUUACAUUUUCUAAGCUAAUUUAUAAAUGACAUCUAUAUACAAAAAGAAAAUGUUAUGAUAUUGCAAAAGGCACUCUUGCUAAGUACUGUUUUUUAAAUCAUAUUACAGCAGUAACACUGUAAUAUUACUAGCUUUAUAUUACAUAUAUAAUACAUUCUAUACUCCAUCCAGCAAUCAGGUAUUAUAGAUUUAAGUUUAAGUUGAUAUUACUUCAUACUUAUAUUACUACACUCUAAAGAUGUUGAUAUUAGAAUUCCAAUGUUUGUAGUUAUACUGUCUAUGUAGAUUUUGGUAACUUUUUAUUUCAUAUUUUGGUAAAUCAUGAACAUUAAUUUAUUAUUAUUUACUUUCUUGUUAUACGGUUAUGCGCUAAUAAGUUUAGUAUAAAUUAUUCUAAUAAUGCAAAGAAGAAUGUAAUUCUACAAUUAGCAAUUACAAUAUGCACUUUAUAAUAAAAAGAGUAAUGUAAAUACUUAAUUACCAUUCAAGCACAAUUGAUUUGAAUAAUGUUAGCAGGAAGACUGUAUUUGCAUAUGAAACAGCUCACGUCCAAUCAGAUAAUAAAACAAUUACUGUAAUUGGGUGUAAAGGAUUAACUACUGCUAUAAUUAUGUUAUCAAAUAAGCAUAAAAAUGAAUGAAUAUCUUGGUUUUGCACAAGCACGUGCUAAAAGUAAAGUAUGCAGAUAAAAUCGUUUUAGGCACGUGAGUUUUGUAAAAAUAACAAAUUGCAUAUUGUAUAACAUAUUGGGGGAAAAUAUUAUUCAUGUUAUGUUUGGUAACAUUUCAGAUAUUCGUUUGAUAAUUGUUAAAAUGAAAUUAUAUAAUUAAGAUCUUUUAACAGGGGGUAUUAUGCUUAUCAAAAUAUAUAUCAAUUCUUGAUUUGAUGAGAUUUCUAUGAGACAACGAACUGGAAUUAUAUAUUUGAACUUCGUGAAAUUAAAAAUAUUUAUUAUUUAUAGGUAAAUAUUAUCAGUAAAAAAUUAAUGUUAUGAUAAAGGUAUGCUACAAAAGGAAGUUGGAUAUAUAAAAGUUUUUGAUAUUCAUCUACUGCUUCAAAUGCUCAACUAAAAGGUGAUUGUGCUUGUACGAUAUAAUCACUGAUUUAAAAACACAUUUAUUGCAAAACCAUAAUACUAAGCUUCGAUACUAGUCUGAUAUUGUUUCAAUUUGAAAUUAGUUAAUAAGAACCUCCUAAUUUUACUCGACGUACAUGUAUUUGCUUAUAAGAGAAGCGUGGAGUAAUUAUUUCUUCACCUUGUAACUCGUUACAAUUCUUGCUUUUCAAUAACGAUAAUGCAACGAGUUCGAAGCUUCUCUUGUGUGAUCACUAGUUAAUACUGACCCAUGUAGUAUAGUAUAAUCUAUGCAUAACAUAUUACGUAAAAUGAUGUUAAAAAUUUCUUUUUAAUUUUUGUCAUGUAAUGAAACAAGGAUUGCCCGUUUCACUUGUUACAAUUUUUAAUAUCAGUUACGACUGAUGCACUGAUAGAAAAAUGGUAAUAGUUGUACAAAGUAUAAAUUUGCACUUGCGCAAAGUUGCGCACCUCUUUAUUAUUGAAUAUACGAACAUAACUGAAGUUACAAAUAAUGUCAAAGUUCAAUCUCAGCAUUAUAUCAAUGUAGAUGUAUUAAGUUCAAUAUGUAUUGCUGAAUGCUGUAUGAAACGAAUUUUGAUUGAAAAAUUUAUGAACUUGAUGUUAAGUCAAUGUUAAAACCAUUUAUGUUGCAAAAGUAUAAUAUGAACUGUAUUGAAGUUUUGGUUAUAUGUAAAGUUUUUCGGCGUUAAAUAAUUUAUGGUAAGCAUAAGUAAAAUAUUUUUGCCCGAAUUUUAUCGAUGAUCUUGCACAACAGACUGUUAUUAAUAUGGGUAUAUCUCUAUUUACAACCCUGGCCUUCCAUGUUAAAAACACGCUCAGCCUCAAUUAAGUUAUUUUGCUACUUUUAUAAAAACUUGUAAUAGGAAAUUUCUUAAGAAUAUAAGCAAAUAAUAAUGCUAAUAUUAAUUAUUGCUGCGUAAAUUAAAAGUAAUCAAAUGUGAAUUAAUUAUAAGAAAUGUCUGUGCAUGACUACACAAAUUAUGUUUCCUUAAUUGUAAGUUUCAACCCUCUUUUUUUCGAUAUUAUAAAAGGAUAAAAGUUAUAUUGGUAACCGCAUAAAAUUGAUUUUAAGAUAUUUCAAACCACUUUUAAUAUGCACUAAUAUGCAAUUUUACUAAAAUGAUAGUGAUGUUUGCAAAAUAAGUAGUAACUGAUUUGAUAAAACGUAACAUAAAACAUACAAAACUUAUUUUUAUUUCGUGAAUGAUGUUUUUCAUAGAUCUUUUUUCAAUUAUACUUUGAUUAAAUGCCAAAUCUAUAUUUCUCAACAAUAUCAUAAAUUACGUAAAAAAAUAUGUAGAACAAGGUAGACAGAUUAUAAUUGUAGAUUGCAAACUAAAAUUUUCGUUGAGCAACUCCUUCUUUUAAUAUAUUAUAUCCUAGUUCGCUUGAUGAAACAAUUAACAAAUACAUAUUUAAUUAACAUCUAUAUACUCAGUGACAUCAUGCAAUUAAAUAGUAAUUUUUGAAUGUAACUGAAUAGUAUAGUGUCACUUAUUGUACAAAAAUACAAGAUAUCCUACUUAGUAUUUUGCCGCCGUGUGAUCGAGAUCGAGGAACGCAUGUAUUGUGUAAUAAAGUGUACAGUACAAAUUAUUCUAGCGCAUUUCAUUUUAGAAAAGGAAUGCUCGCAAUUUUCACGUGAAAAUUAAUUAAAUUAUUCACAGUAUUACCGAAUUCAGUUUUAAUUAAAGUAUUAAAAUAUUCUAACUUGACAUUGCUAUAAUAUUCACCAAAGAAAAAUUUUUUUAUUUUAUAGUAAUGGUAUAACCAGCGUAAUGUUUUCCGUUUAAAUCGAACAUAACGACGUCCCUUUUAUACAGAAGUUGUGUUUCCUUCAAUAAAUCGCAAACAUUGUACUUAACGUUAAAUUUUAUUGUGUCAAAAAAUCAGUCAGAAUUAUAUCUUCUACAUAAGUCAUCAAGUGUUUUAAGUGCUUGACGAGAUAGUUUGCAGAAAAAAAUAUGCUCGGUUAACGUAAACAAUUAUUGUAAAAGUAUGUCGGCUGUAAAAUAAAAUUACCUUGUAUGUACUUAAAAAACUUAUUAUAUUAUUUUUACAUUUAACCAGUUAUAAACGAAGGUACUACGUUUCUUAUAAAUUUAAAAAGUCACUUUUGUUAUUAUUUCAUAACUUUAUAUUUUAUAAUAACGUGGGCUAUGAAAUAAUACAAAAUAUUGUGUAUUUUAAAUAUUUAUUCCUUUUUUUUCAUUCAAAGGACAAUUUGUUUUUAUUAUAAGAUAACAUUAUCCUAAGCAUCUUCGAGGGCUUCGCACCCUACUGUACCUAAAUUACUUUUUAUAUAACAUUUUUUUUUAUGUCUUCCAUCGGUUCACUGAUUAUUAUUAAUCCAUAGACAAGUUUUUUUUCUUAAAUUGGCUCUCCAUAGUUCGAUAUCACUUAUCGCAGUCAAUCAUUGCUAUAUUCGAUUUUAUGUUUCUUCUGUUAUUACAUUCAGUACUGACUUUAUACAAAUUGGUUUUGAAAGGUUUAUGGCUUAUUAUCGUCGGUGGUGAAGCGAAGUAUCGAUAAAUUUUACUCUAACUCACUCUAAUUUAUUUAUUAUUUAUUUAUUAACUUAAUGAAACGUAUUUUGGAAAAUAAGUUUUCAAGAAAUAAUCAGAAUGAAAAUGAUAAAUUCUUAAAAAACGUAAUAAAUAAAUAUUAAACCUAACUUUAUUGAAAAUUGAAAAUAUUAAAGUUCUGCAAUAAUUUUCACCUGUAUAGUAUUUGGAAGACACGAAGGCAUAUGUAUCGUGCCAUGUGAUAAUUGCAAUAAUGUCAAAAUAUCAGAUAACAUCAAAUGUGAUUGUCAAUUGAUAUACUAAUUAUUACAAGAAAAGAACUGAAUAUUUUACAACAUAUUUAAAGGAACAAAAUUUCAACUAUUGAUAUACAAAUCAGUAAAGGUAGAACAAUAGUGACUCCAACUCUUAGUGGAAGUGUUCACCAUUAUCAUUACCAUUAUACUUAAAUUACAUUGUAAUAAUUACAUCAAGAUUCACUAUUUCUUUGUACAAAUGGAGAGGAGUCACUAAGCAAUAUAACAAAGUAUAUUCAAUUAAGUUAAAUUCAGCAUAAAAUAUUUCAUUUUUGACACUUCCAGAAGUAUUUUCUUAAAAUUUGUUAUGAGAAUGUUUUUUGUACAUUUAC